GACUAUUAUUAGUCGCUUUGAAAGCUUGAUAGUUUUGUUAUUACUUGUGGGGUGGUUUCAGUCUGUCAAUCUGGAAGAUUGUCUUGCUGCAGUAGAUUAAUAUCCCCUCCUUUGCAUACUUAUGAAAGGAGUUUGCAUUUGUUGCUGGAAUGGCGUUCGCGUAUCGAGGUUUAGCUUUUUCGUGGUUGUCCGAAAACUUCACGGCGAAUUACGGAAUAAUUCCUUGGAAAGAAUACAACCGAUUACUUCCCCAUCCUUGCCCAUGCUACCUUUUUAGUAUUUUGUGAUUAUUAAACGCUGUUAAUGAAAUAGAAUGCAUUCCUAUGAGUAUGAAGUUUGACAUACAUAAAGCUUCACUGUUGAGAAUUACGGAAAUCGUAUUAAUAAUUUUGAAUUCCGGAUGACCUUAGCUCAUCACAUUCCUAUUUCCUCAUCUCAAAAUUCGUGCUUUACACAAUACUCAUUAAUGAUAUAGAUUGUGAUAUUCCCCCUUAAGCAUUCCAUAGUCAGAUACAAUGGAUCAUUCUGUGCAAACCUCUUACUUUGUAUUCCAAUAAGCCUAAAAUAAAAGGAACAAUAUUAAUAACGAACAGGGAGGAAAAUAGAGAAGAAAAAUGCCAUUCAACUUAUGAAAGAAAUGAAAUUAAUAUAUAAUGAUGCGGAAUACAGGAGAAGAAAGGCGUAUCGCUACGUGGUGGAUGGGUGGUGUCGCCUCAGCUGGUGCUUGUUGCUUCACGCAGUGCCUUGACACAGUGAAGGUUCAAAUGCAAACCCAACAAGAAGUUCGCCGCACUAUGUUACAAACAACAAUGGACGUAAUUCGUUCAGAUGGCAUUCUUGCUCUAAAUAAUGGACUGUCAGCUGCUAUAAUGAGGCAACUUACUUAUUCCACCUUCCGCUUUGCCUUUUAUGAGGCUGUGAAGCAACACAUGGACCCUAAAGGAAAUAAUGUUCCUUUCCACCUUAAAAUAGGAAUAGCAGCAGUUGGUGGUACAAUAGGUGGUUUCAUUGGCACGCCAGCAGAUGUAAUUAAUGUUCGUAUGCAGAACGAUAUGAAACUUCCUCGAAACCAAAGGAGAAAUUAUCGACAUGUAUUUGACGGGCUGGCACGCAUAUACAAAGAAGAAGGCAUGCGUGGACUUUUCUCAGGAGCAACUAUGGCUACUGGUCGAUCGAUAUUGAUGACUGUGGGUCAACUAACUUUCUAUGACCAGUGCAAAGGCAUGCUAAUGUAUUAUUUAGAUCUCAAAGACAACAUUAGCACCCACUUCCUAGCAAGCAUUGUGGCGGGAGCAGUGGCUACUACACUAACUCAACCUAUUGAUGUGCUCAAAACACGUACUAUGAAUGCCCGACCAGGAGAAUUUAAGAGUAUGUGGCAUAUUAUUCUGCACACAGCUAAGUUGGGACCACAAGGCUUCUUCAAGGGCUACAUUCUCAGAUUUGUUCGCCUUGCCCCACACACAAUACUGACUUUUAUCUUUUUUGAGCAACUUCGUCUCAAUUUCGGCAGAAUUGUGCCUCCGGAUAGAUGAUGACAACUACAUUUAAUGAGGUUCUGCAAAAGGAUUGUAGACAUUUCUUCAUCUGGGAGAAGCUCUAGCACACUAAUGGUAUGAAGCAGUAUUUGUAUAGUAUUUCAUUUGCUUGUGUGAUUCUGAUGACGUGAUUUAUAGUUUGGAUAAAUUACUAAACAAGGCUUGUGAAUUUAUCUAGUGUAUGAAAUUGAUGAUAAAUGUAGCAGUAAAAAUACUAUUAGUUUGAAGUAUAAUGUGUUUUAUUUGAUUAAAUUCUGCAUUACUGCUGACCUUGCAACCAUGGAUAUGGGUGUGCUCUUGUCAUUAUGUCCAUUAUUAACCCUCAAGUGGGCGUGCCAAUUUUUGUAACAUGAGCAGGUGCGUGGCGUAUUUUGUACAUGUAUAAAGGAUAGCUGUCUUUAUGUUAUCAGAGGAAACAUAUAUGAGCAAAAUCAAGACAAUGUUAUAAUAAGCUAAAUCACUGCUUAAUUAAACAAUAAUAAAAUAAACUUUCGUCGUAUCACUCCGUUGCCAUGUACAAGUGCCCUUGGAGCAUUAAACAGCAAAGCUGCUUCAGAGCCUUGCCACAUGCUUAUUUGAUUAAUAAUUAUCUCGUGGACAAGUGCAUCAUUGUGGGAUUGUGCUGAUAGCUUAGAAUCUGUACCAUUUUCUUCCAUGGAUCAUGUAUUUUUUUCUCAUAUAGUUUGCUGAUUAUUUUAUACUACUGCUGCUUAUUUGAAUUUAUGGCAAUGCAAUGUAUAAAUGUGUUGGCUGAAGCAAUGAUGAAAGAAUGGGAACAAGCUUGCAAUUGUAAAACAGCAAUGGAACAGUAGAGGGCAAUGUUAUUUGUGAUUUUCACACUUUAUAUAUAGGAAUGUCGACUUGAGGAUUAAGAGAGACCGAUUCAAUUUCUAAUUCAGGCUAAAUAGUGUCAUGGAAUAUGAGACCUAAUGGUCAAUAUGACCUAAUGGCGAAUACACAAUAUCAAAUUAUUUUUCCAUUAAACUGUCUGACAUGUAUAUGUAGCAUAUAAGUGCUUAGAGGUCCAUUGCAAAGAUGGCCUAGACAUGUUUUAUAGUUGUUUUAGUGUUUCUUAGUGAUGCAUCCUAACAUCCAAAAAGAUUUUAUUCAAAUAUAUGUAACAUAGUUUCUUUGCCAGUCAUUAUCAUGCGUGAGAAAAUAUUGUAGCAGUUCCUAAUGAGGGCCAUAUUUUGAUAUCCACACUUGCACUUUUGUAUCACUCACUUGGGAUUAACUGUUUGCAAUACAGUUGUAUACUGAUUUCUAUAUGACUUAAAUAAAAUAAAAAUUUGACGCAUCUACUGGUUGACAUCCCAAGCACCUACUAAAAGUUUUGCAUUUGUAUAAUGUAGUUGUGCCUGACAUAUGAUGAGAUUCAUUUUAUUUUGUGUUCUGUUGAUGGUAAGGCAAUAAAAAACAGGUUAUUAGUUCCUUUCUUAUAUAAAGAAGGAAGAGGAAGUUUAGGAUAUUAUCAAAGGAAGCAACCACUUACUAAUUUGAAGUAAUGUAAAGGAAACAUAAAAAGUGAAGCCAAUAUGCUGAUAUUAGGCUAUGAACACAUUUGUAUCUGUCUGUUACACAUAAAAAAGUAUUUUACUCAAAAUGUGAAGUUCUUGCUUUCUAUUUAGUUGGUGCAUAAUCAAUUUUAGUUUGAACAGUUUUUCCUAUUCAUUAAAUUUGUGUGUCUUUUGUUUUUUUAUGUUAUGUUUUGCUAUAGAAUAAUGAAAUUAUGAGUAUAGUGGACAUUGUGUUUUCCUUCUGAGCAAGAAUCAAACUUAAAAUUGUUACUUUGUAUAAAUUACUGCUCACAUUAUUCUGGUUGUUGAUGUCUUGACACUUGAGUAAAUACAUGAUAUUGUAUUGUUGACCAUUAAUGUUUCAUAAUUGAUUUAGGACUAUAAGAGUCCAAAACAAUCAUUGUUUUAACAUGUUUUAUUUGUGGGCAUUGUCUUUGUCUAAUACAAUGGUAAAAAUGACAAAUGUCCUCUAUUCUAUUAAUGUUACUACACUGAUAAUGCGAGUUUCUCUGAAGUCUAUUGCUGGUCACUUAAUGUGUACUUGCUUAGUGGUAUAUUUGUUAAUACAUAAAUAAAGAAUAUUCUAAGCAGAUGCUACAGUCA